GAAAAUGGAGCUCGAUCGCCCUACGUACGAGCGCAGCGGUCUGCAAGGCGUUUCGAUCGAAGACGGCGGGAAAAAGCAUCAGAAACAGCGGUGGAUCGUGGAAUACGACUUGCGGCCAGCUUCUAUGCAGCACGGCAAGAAGAGCUUCUCGCGGCUGGAGUGGGCGUGCAAGAACGUGCUGGAUCACUCGCUUACGUGGCUGUUCUACAACUUCAAUGCUUCGUCUGCCGAGGCGCUUGCGGAGGGGAAGGAGGUGAUUAGCAAGCAUGCGCCCUGGAUACACAGGUUCGAGCCGAGCGUUACCCAUAUGAAGGACGUCUUGGUACCUAAGCUGUCGACUGGUGAUCUCGCAGAUCUCUACGCCGAGGAAGAUGCGCUCAGUCUCCUCGAGUAUCUCCACAUGCUCAAUCUGAAUUCUCCACGGGUAUAUCAGGGGGACGAGAUAAACCCGCACUUGUCCCGCUACGAGGUCCCGGAAUUCAGUAGUGCGAGCGUGUCGAAACAUUUGGCUCGUAUUAGUUGGAAGGGGUUUAUUUCGCCGGAUUUUGUCAAGGAUUUGUUUCUCAUGGUGAGGAAGCAAGGUUUCAAGGGGAAUAAUAGGGUUAACGGCGGGCAAGAUGUAGAUAUGGGUGGGGACAGCACGCAAGAGGGGGAUGGCAAGGAAGAGAGGUGGUUUAGUAUAAGUGCGCAAGAGUUCGGUGGGAAGAGGGGAUGGACUGUCAUGCAGUUUGCGGGGAGGGAGACGUUAGUUUGGGAGAUGGAGAGUUGAUGAAAGAAGCAUAUGAGAUUUGAAUCAUGUUGGUGUAGUAUUUCCCUUCCCGGAAUGAGGGCCAUGUAAGGAGUAGAUGGUGAUACUAGGCUAGCGACCCCAUACGCACCAAGUUCAAUACCCAACAUGUACCUACAUCUGACUCUUCCACUUCCGUCCCCUCUUUUCCCUGGCGUUAGCUUUACAUCGCUCAAAGUUCUCCAACAAGGUCGCGUCAAAUU